AUGAAUCGGCUCGGCCUCCUCAUCCUGCUCACCGUGGCUGGGCUGGCACAUGGCAUACAGUACCCCUGUGGAGGGAGCUGCGGCCUCCGAGCUCCAGUACCUGCCUACACCCCCACAAAUUAUUACUACAGCAACGUUUAUGACUACGGCUUGACACGUAUUGUGGGAGGCACAGGUGCCAAGGAAGCAUCCUGGCCAUGGAUCGUCAGUUUGCAGCACUCCGGGGUACUAUGGCGGCAGCAUUUCUGUGGAGGGUCUCUCAUCACUUCAGAGUGGGUCCUCACAGCAGCCCAUUGCUUCGACGACUAUCGUGACAUCACCAUGCUGAAGGUCAUGAUUGGAGCCACUCUGUUGCAUAAGCCAGGCCCUGGGGCACAAGUGCGCAAGCUCAAGCAGGUGGUGUUACAUCCAUACUACAAUGCUGAUGACUUGAGCUAUGAUAUCGCCCUGAUGCAAUUGGACCAACCUGUCCAGUGUAGUUCCUACAUCCAGCUGGCUUGUGUGGCUCCCCCCACUCUAAAGGUCUCAGAGCUCAGCAACUGCUGGAUUGCUGGAUGGGGUGCCGUCACUGCAAGAUAUCAAGAUCCAAGGAAUCACCUCCAGGAGGCCAAGGUCCAGCUCAUCGAUCUCCAGCUCUGCAACAGCAGUAGUUGGUAUGCAGGGGACGUCCACCCCUACAACUUGUGUGCUGGUUACCCACAGGGCAAAAUCGAUUCCUGCCAGGGUGACAGCGGUGGUCCUCUCAUGUGCCAGGACAACAGCGCUGACUACUGGUGGCUCGUUGGAAUAACCAGCUUUGGAAAAGGCUGUGCCAGGGCAAAGAGGCCUGGAGUCUACACCUCCACUCAACACUUCUAUGAGUGGAUUGAUUACAACAUACGUGCAAGCACACUUAAAAGGGCUUCUUGA